CAGAAUAUUUCCUUUGUGGUAGCUAGCCACCACAAUCAACUAUUGUUACAACCUUGAUUUCCAAUAAAGGAGAAGAUUGAUGGGCCAAUCAUUGAACAAACUAGCUCCUGGAAGUGAGGAAAAGAAGGCUAAGGAGAUUGGUCCCACCAUUGACCUCUGCUACCAAAAAUACUUUGCCAACAAGAAGGAUUGGCGCUCAGAUGACUUCUACCAUGCAGUAUGCCAGACGGUGGAAAAAAUUAACAAAAAGCUAGGUACCACACAGUUUCGUGUACCAGAGACCAACAAACUUAAGGAAGUAUUUGAAAAAGCCGCUCCAUUGAGGGAGGAAUUUCAGAAAAUCAUGGAGGAUGUGAUCAUUCUUGAGCCAGGAUUUACAGGAAGUGAUGAUCAGGAAAAGAAGGAUGGUAUUGACCGUUUCCACCAAACAUACUUAGCCAACAAGAAGGAUUGGAGCUCAGCUGACUUCUACUAUGCAGUAUGCGAGACGGUCGAAGACAUUAAUAAAAACCUCGGUACCACGUACACGAUGUAUCGUGUAGCAGAGACCAACAAAGUUGAGGAAGUAUUUAAAAAACUGUACGCCUCUCCAUCGAGUGAGGAGGAAUUUCAGAAAAUCGUGCUGGAUGUGAUUGUUGAGUCCAGAGUUACAGGUUCAGGAGCUAAGGAUCUAUUGCUUUACACCUUUGGAGUUCCAGUAACUGCACUUUGGAUCAAAAAUUGGGUCUUCCCCAAAGCCCCUCCUAAUGAAUUCUUCAUUCCCUUUGUCACUUCUGCCACUGUUUUCCUUCUUGCCAAGCUCAACAAGAUAUAAUAAUCCAACAUCUUCAUUCUUAUAUAUAUAUAUAUAUAUGUACUUCUAUAAUUGAAUUGAAUUGAAUUGUAUACGUACUGUAAUUCUUUUUUAUCUACCUACUGUUGUUUUUAAUUUGUUAAUUAUUAUGUUUGAAUUAUUCUUUAAUUAAUUACCUUUCACUGGUUUA